AUGGCGUCCGUUGCUCGCUGUGCGCUUCUCGCAGCUUCUGUGGCAGCACUCGUACAUUGGGCGUCCGCAGCCACUGCGCAGAACUUCCAGCGACCGGCAUUCUCGCUGACCUCAGAGUCGACGAACUACAUGGGGACGUCAAACGGCACCAUCGAAAACGGCCCGCUGGUGCCCCGAGCCGCUCUUCGAUCGCACGAUGCACGAUGCUCUGUGGACGUGGAUGCUCAGGACGUGAAGAGCGAGAGUGCGCGCGCCUGCCCGAAUGUUCCGGAGGCGUUCCCUGUCGGAACCGAAGACGCCCCCCUCGUUGUCCCAGAGCGCGAACACAAAGACACCACAGGAGCAGGAGCGUGA